ACAAGAGAAGUGAAGUGGAAGUGGAUUAGUGGAAGGAAAUCGAAAUGUAAUGAUUUUUAAGCCUUGACAUGAUUAUAUAGUUGCUUCUCCUUUUUUAGUAUUAACCUUGCUUAAUUGGAAGAGAUUCUUUGAAUCUUAUUAAUAUUUUUAUAAAACUAGUUUUCUUCAACAACAAACUUCGUUCACCACGGCAACCCUCACAAUUAGAAAAUCGUUAAGAACUUUAGUGUUUGUGCAUUUCAUUUCGAAGUUAUCGUAUGUUAAUGGAAAACUGGUUUUGCAGAUAACACAUGCAGCAAUUCCAUGUUGGAAAAGUGUUCUACAAGAUAUACUCGUGCCUGGACUUCUUAUUUACAGAACAGAUUCUGGCCUAACUGUGCCGUUAUUACUAGUCCAACACAGAAAGGCAUUAGCCUAACACGGAAAGGCAAUGGCAGCAAACACAAAGAGACUUUGGAAAGUCCAGGAAUUCAAAGCUCACAGUGCCAACGUGAAUUGUCUCGCCUUAGGGCAGAAGUCCGGACGAGUUCUUGUAACAGGAGGAGAUGACAAAAAAGUCAAUCUUUGGGCCAUUGGCAAAAAUAAUUGCAUCAUGAGCCUGAACGGACACAUAACAUCAGUGGAAACGGUGAGGUUCAACCACACGGAGGAGUUAGUAGCGGCCGGUUCUGCAGGGGGAGUGCUCAAAAUCUGGGACCUGGAGGCUACCAAGAUCAUGCGAACUCUCACUGGCCACCGUUCAGGACUACGGGCCGUUGACUUCCAUCCGUAUGGUGAUUUCCUCACCUCCGCUUCCCUCGACAGCAGUGUCAAGGUAUGGGAUGUCCGACGGAAGGGCUGUAUCUUCACGUACAAAGGGCACUCACAGAGUGUGAACAGUGUCAAGUUCAGCCCUGAUGGACUUUGGGUGGCUUCUGGAGGCGAGGAAGGUAUGGUUAAGCUGUGGGACAUCCGAGCAGGCAGGCAGCUUCAUGAGUUCUCCCAGCACUCAGGUCCAGUAACGUCAGUCGAGUUCCACCCACAUGAGUUCUUGCUGACAUCGGCCAGCUGUGACAAAACUGUCAACUUCUACGAUCUGGAGAACUUCUCCCUGGUAUCCACCAGCGAUAAGGAGACCAUGGCCAUCAGAUCCAUGUGUUUCAACAACAAUGGAGACUGUCUAUAUGGUGGUGGGCUAGAUGUGCUCAAGGUGAUCGGAUGGGAACCUGCCCGUACCUUAGAGAUUGUACCCAUCAACUGGGGACGUGUACAAGAUAUCUCAACAGGGUACGGUCCCAACAGACUGGUGGGAGCAUCAUUCCAGCUGACCACUGUAUCACUGUGGAUGGUAGACCUUAUGAGAGUUGCCCCUCUCGGUGGUUCCACACCUCCCUCACCCUUUAGCCACGGCCAGAGUGUGCGCAAGAGCUUCACCAAGAAACCCGCCCCAGAAAAGAGCACAAUUAAUGUGAAAACAAUAGAAGAAGUAGAUAAACUAGAAACAGAUCCUGAGGAAGAGAACCAUGCAGAGAUUCCGGACAUGAAUGACUACAGGUCCGUCUUCCAGCCGAGGACGUCUCUGAACCGAAGUCCACCUCCCAGCUUUGCACCACCUCCUGUUAGCGAUGAAGACCUAUCGCUGCCACCAAUGCCCAGCGCUCCUCCUCCUUCUAUGCUGGAGCCACGGACCCCCUCUCCCCCCAAAUCCCGAUCACCUCCUCCCCUUUCUUCACCCCGCCGCCGUGUUCCCAGUCCCUCCCUCGCCCCACCGCGUCCCCGCCAGUUACUACGGCGUCUCAGCUCGUGCAAGGACCCUGAGCUCAGCACAUCACCUGACUCCGAUUUUCCCACCAAGCUGAACGAGGGUCUACCGCACAGCCCCAGUGAGCCGUCUCUAGUGACAAUCCGCUCCCCUGGUCACAGUCGAACAUCUUCUGUUGGCCGCAACUUCCAUACCCAGAGAUCCUCCACCUCCACCUCUACCUCUACCUCGGGCAAUACCAACAAGACUGAUAUCAUUAAUUCGCAAAACCGAGUGAACAACAAUAUGGUCGUCACUCAGUCAAGUGCAAGGCAGGUGCAAGUCUGUGAGGAAGAUAAGGACUUGGACUUCAUCCCCAUGUCUUUGGACAAACCAAGUGGACUCAACAUGGAGGAAUUCUUACCGCAAAGGCUGCAGCAAACAUUCCCAGAGAUGUCGGAAGCGGAGGUCCUGUCGUCUAUCAUGCGCGGACACGAAUACAUAGUUAACAUCCUCAAGGCGAGAGAGCGGCAGCUACAGAUUGUCUACUCCAUGUGGCACAAUAAGGAUCUCAAGACAGCCGUAGACCACGCUCUCACUCUAAGGGAUCAGUCAGUGAUAGUGGAUCUGCUUGGAGUUAUCACCUUGAGGCCGGGUAUCUGGAACCUGGACUUGUGCGUUUCACUACUGCCAGCCAUUGCUGAGCUGCUUCAAAGCAAGUUUGAAAUGUACAUGACAGUUGGUGCAGAUGCUCUGAAGUUGAUCUUGCACACAUUCACCCCAGUCAUCAAGUCCAACGUGCUGAAUGCUGCCCCUACUGUCGGCGUUGACAUAUCCAGGGAGGAAAGGUACAAAAAAUGCAUCAAAUGCUACAACAGCCUGGUGACGAUCCGCACGUUCCUGCUGAAACGGCAGACAAUGCAGGGCAAACUGGGUCACACUUUCCGGGAGCUGCACAUCCUCCUGCAGGCACUGGACUCUCACUAACCUAACAAGACUGACCUCUCCAUCGAUUACAGAUCAACUUACUAAGAGUCUUAUCUAUUAUUGUAUUUAUUGUCACAUCUGUUGACUUAGUUUUAAGUGAUAUAAUUUAUUUGCUAAAUCUUUUUUAUUAAUAUGGUUUUUAUUGUAACAGUUCUUAACUUGGCGAACUGAUGAGUCUAUAUUUGUUGAAUUAGUCACAGUUUUAUGAAUAUUAGUUGAUGUCAUAUAAAUAAUAUACUUUGGUGUGUUAUCGUAUUCGUCCUAUUGAUUAAUUCAAUUACACAACCCUCUAAAUCAUUAACAGAAUUUGUGUGUUACUAUUUUUAUAAAAUACUUACGCUAUAAUACCUGAUCAUAAAAUUUAUAUCUGUAGCUUAUCCCUAACGUAGUUUUAAAAUUUAAUUGUAAUAAAAAGGUACUGAAAAUUACUAUAUAAAAACUGUUGACAGCAUAUUUUUAAGUUUAUAUUAUGUUAAAUGCGUCUAAAUCAAAUUAAUUAUAGGUAACAUUUUAUUUAUUUUUAAAAAUUGAUAAAGAAUGAGGGUUUUUUGUGUUGUUUGCAUAUCAAAUUAUAAAAAAAGAGCAAUUUAAAAUAUUUGGAAUAACAAUAAAUAGACAUACAAACAUACCUUUUGUACAUUUAAAUUGUUUGGACUGAAAGAGCCUCUCAAAGUAUUACAAGAAACAAUUAUAGUUAAUUUGUGUUGUUAGAAAUUAUAUUUUUCAAUUUUGAGAAUAAAAAUAAUAAUAUAUGUACUUAAUAAUUUAUUUAGGUUUUUUUGUACGAAUGUCUUACAAACAGUAAUUCACAAAGUUCCUUAUAAAUACAGUAUAAAACAUGAAUUAUUACAUAAUGUAUUGGAAUUGAUUUUGACAAAAUUAAUUGAUUUAGAAUUCUGCUUUAAAUUAAUUGGUCUCAACAAGUUAUAUCUUUAUUAGUUACUUAUCAUUGUAACUUAGUUUUAAUAUUCUGAUAUUAUAAUGCAGUUAUUUAUGAAGAUUGUCAUUCAAACGUGAUCAGUGAAUUGACUGUCAAUUUAUUUAUUUUUUUUUUUUAAUCAAUUUUAUAUAAAGUAAUUUUUUCGAGCCAGCAUGUUUUGUGCAAUCCUUGCCUUUCAUCUAGUGUAAUUUUGUUGUACAGGAUAUAAUUUAAUAUUCUGUACUUACAGUGUGUAUGUGUGCACAGAAACACAAGUCUAGUAAUUUUCCAACAGGUUAAAUUACAGUUUAACAUUAGUUUUGUAUUCUAACAAUAUUGACAAUACAAUAUAUUGGUGAUGUCCACAGAUUUUAUUAUACCUCAUAGUAUAACAUAUUAGGUGUUAUAGAACAUGACACGUAAUCUGUUAUAAACACAAAUACAGUUUGUUUUAUUAGCGUGUAUUUUGGAAAAUGUAUAACUAGGUGUUUUUAAUCACCACUAAUUAAUUUGGUAAGAAGUUGAAUUUCUUUUAAAGGGGUAUGGUAAAGUUUGUUGGCUUGUAUUAAUAAUUAACUAUAAACAGUAUUUUUAACAUUAGUAUUACAUAUUAGACUGCCUUUGAAAAUUCUAUCCGUCCAGUUUAUGAUGACUUAACGUAACGUGGCUCAAUUUAUUCAGUGUAAGCCUACGCCUGGGUGUUAGUGUCGACUGUGCCUUGUAAAUAAUAAUCAAAGUAGAACCCAUCUUGCCAUCGUGUUUGUCCGGUUUACUCGACUUUUACAUAGUUUUCGUGGCAGGUUUCGUUUUGCUGGUGUGUGUCGUAGUGUGGUGUUAAUAUCAUCUAGUCUAACCAGGAAUGUAAUUCGUGGUGAAUGAUUUAGUAUUUCUACUCGUAUCGUGGAGUAAAGUGAUAAUUUUUGUUCACUAUCGUAUUUUUGUACAUAGCUAAUGUUAGUGUCAUGCUAAAUGUGGAAACUAAUUUUAAGUAGAAUGUAGGCGCUUCCAUGUUCAGUUCUCUAACCGAUUAACUGUUCUGUUGUUGAACAAAUGAUUAACGAAUUUUAAUCUCUUUUCGCUCUUAUAAAUUGCUUCUAAAACUGUUUCGAACUGUAUAGCAAGGUAUUAGUUGUUAAUUAAUUAGUAUUAAAAGUGCAAAGUAAUUGAUUAUUGAAAGCAAAAUGUUGCCACGAAUUUUACUUGAGUAAAAAUGUACUUUUUGCUUGAACGACACAAUCACUUUUCCACGAUUAGUACAAAUCAUGUUGCAGGAAAGUUAAUUAAAAGUGUAUUGGCACAUAAUAAGGACAUUCUGUCCAUUUUCUCUUCACAACUAGUAAUAAUACAACACAGAAUCUCCUUGCGUAAGAAGUUUCAAUUGUAUGAAUUAUAUUUGUUAAUUUAUUAUUCAAACUUGUUGCGCUUUGUAAAAAGCCAUUUUUAAAUCAAUAUUUUGGUAAUUAGUUUAAGGAGCGAGCAGUGGUGCCAACUUUUGGCAAAAAACAUACUUUUCAUCAGUUCCUCAUUACCAACAGUAUAAUUUAAUGAAAUUAAAUUAUUUAGAUACAGUUAUAAAAAAAAUGUAAAUUAAAUCGUAACACAGAAAAUGUUUCAAUUAUUGUUUUAAAAGGUGGAUAAAAGACACUUGGUGUGUCCAGAAAAAGACAUUAAGUGUAACUGUGUUUGUUUCGUGUACGUGAUUGUUUUAUUGCAAUGUCUUUAUUUUAUAAUGUUUACAUAAACCUGUUUGUGUACGACCUGAUUUUGUGUUGUAAAGUAAUUACUAUAUUUUUCUGGAUGUUUAAAUGUUACGUAGCUGUGAUAAAUAUAUUUUAUUUUCGCCUAAGUGCUGCCGUAGGUCUAUCGUGAAUGCCUACAUGUAGUAUUUGUGAAUUUCAGUUUCCCUUAGAAAGUCUGUUAACGCUUCCAAGAGUCCAAGAAACCAGCUCUUUAAACUUUGGUCCAUGUAUAAUCGAACUGUAAUUUUGUUGUACCCUUCAUCCUUUUAAUUUAUUAAUCAAAGUUCUCUAUGAAAAGCCAAGCCAUGAACGUUGAAAAUGCAUAAUUGCAAUUAUUUAAAUCAAAACAUAAUAUAAGUUUGUUUACUUAGUUAUUGUGCAAUCAUUAGGAUUAUCAUUUUUGUGAUGAUUUGGAGAGAUUAUUUAUUCCAUAUUAAAUGUUAUUAUGAAUUAAUAUUUUUAUUAAUUAUUUUUGUAUAUUUUUAUAGAUCGUAUUAUCGUAAUACAAACACAUCGUAUAGUUUAAGAAAAAUUUCUGUCGUGUGGAUAAAAAAUUUCAAAUUAUAGAGGUUUUGAAGAAAAUGUUUUGUAUACUGUGUUUAUGCUAUUACACAAUAUGUGUAUAGAAAUCUAUAUCCUCUAUCUUAAUAACAAUUACAUACUAUCGUCCAGCAGUGUCUUGAUGGUGAAAUAAAACAACUAGAUGCACCGAGAUACUACAGUUUUGUAUAGUUCUGUAUAUUCUUAUACUACACGUUGCACCCAUUUAGUGCCAUGUAGUUGUAAAUAUUGUUUAUUGAUUUUGUAAUUACUUUCAAUAAAGUGCUAAUAUUUG